AUGGCAAAUCGAAUCAAGACUCCAACGAAUGUUAAACUGCUCACCAAUGUAGCAGUAGUCCGGAUGAAAAAGUGCGGAAAACGAUUCGAAAUUGCAUGUUACAAAAAUAAAGUGAUCAGCUGGAGGAAUAAAACCGAGAAAGACAUCGAUGAGGUGUUGCAGACAGAAACGGUAUUUACUAAUGUAUCCAAAGGACAGGUUGCGAAACGCGAAGAACUUAACACUGCUUUUGGUACAGACAACCAGUUCGAAAUAUGUAAAAUCAUUUUAGAGAAAGGUGAUCUUCAAGUUUCGGAGAAGGAACGCCUGGCUCAGUCUGAUUCAUCAUUUAAAGAACUUGCUAAUUUAAUAGCGAACAUGUGUGUGAAUCCGGAUACGAAACGUCCUUAUUCUAGCAGUGUUAUUGAAAAUGCUUUGCAUCAAACACAUUUGAGUCUGAAACCCAAUCGUUCGGUAAAGCAACAAGCCUUAGAAGUAAUUCCCAAACUGCGUGAGUUAAUGAAAAUUGAUCGAGCAGAGAUGCGACUUCGAGUGUCGGUUGAAGCUAAAGAAGCUAAACGUAUGCAUGAUCGACUAAAAGGGAUGUUCACCGAAAUUGAAGUUGAAGAUUGGGAGCAAGGAAAUCUUGAGAUGGUUGGGCUGAUUGAUCCGGGCACAUAUCGAUUAGUGGAAGAGUUGCUUCAGAAGGAGACAAAAAAAGCAGGACGUUUAGAAUUACUAACGCUUAAAGUUAUUGGUGAAGGUGAUGUAGAAAUCUCCUGA